CAGGCCGUGACCGGGCGGGGGGCGGCUGCAUUAGCGCCUGCAGCCCGUGGGGUUCGCAGAGCCCGGAGCGGCCACCAUGGACUGCAGCCUACUGAGGACGCUCGUGCGCAGAUACUGUGCAGGAGAAGAGAACUGGGUGGACAGUCGGACCAUCUACGUGGGACACAAGGAGCCCCCUCCGGGUGCAGAGGCCUACAUUCCACAGAGAUAUCCCGACAACAGAAUCGUCUCCUCCAAGUACACGUUCUGGAACUUCAUACCCAAGAACCUGUUUGAACAGUUCAGAAGAAUAGCCAACUUUUAUUUUCUCAUCAUCUUCCUGGUGCAGUUGAUCAUCGACACACCCACAAGUCCAGUGACGAGCGGGCUCCCACUCUUCUUCGUUAUCACUGUCACAGCCAUCAAGCAGGGCUAUGAAGACUGGCUCCGCCACAAGGCAGACAAUGCCAUGAACCAGUGUCCCGUGCACUUCAUCCAGCAUGGCAAGCUGGUCCGGAAGCAGAGCCGGAAACUGAGAGUUGGGGACAUUGUCAUGGUGAAGGAAGACGAGACCUUUCCCUGUGACCUGAUCUUUCUCUCCAGCAACCGGGCAGAUGGGACCUGCCAUGUCACCACCGCCAGCUUAGAUGGAGAGUCGAGCCAUAAAACUCACUACGCAGUGCAGGACACCAAGGGCUUCCACACGGAGGAAGAUGUUGACGGGUUGCACGCCACCAUCGAGUGUGAACAGCCACAGCCUGACCUCUACAAGUUUGUGGGACGCAUCAAUGUUUACAACGACCUGAACGAUCCUGUGGUGAGGCCAUUAGGAUCAGAAAACCUGCUGCUCAGAGGAGCCACACUCAAAAACACAGAGAAGAUCUUUGGUGUGGCUAUCUACACGGGCAUGGAGACCAAGAUGGCCCUGAACUAUCAGUCUAAGUCCCAAAAGAGAUCUGCUGUGGAAAAGUCAAUGAAUACAUUUCUGAUCGUGUACCUCUGCAUCCUGGUGAGCAAGGCCCUGAUCAACACGGUGCUGAAGUACGUGUGGCAGAGCGAGCCCUUCCGAGAUGAGCCAUGGUACAACCAGAAGACUGAGUCAGAGCGCCAGAGGAAUCUGUUCCUCAGGGCCUUCACAGACUUCCUGGCCUUCAUGGUCCUCUUCAAUUACAUCAUCCCGGUGUCCAUGUACGUCACAGUGGAGAUGCAGAAGUUCCUUGGUUCCUACUUCAUCACCUGGGACGAAGACAUGUUCGAUGAGGAGAUGGGAGAAGGGCCUCUGGUCAACACAUCUGAUCUAAACGAGGAGUUGGGACAGGUGGAGUACAUCUUCACAGACAAGACGGGCACCCUCACAGAGAACAACAUGGCCUUCAAGGAGUGCUGCAUCGAAGGCCAGGUCUACGUCCCCCAUGUCAUCUGCAACGGGCAGGUCCUUCCCGACUCCUCUGGCAUCGAUAUGAUCGACUCCUCCCCGGGUGUCAGCGGAAGGGAACGGGAGGAGCUGUUUUUCAGGGCUAUCUGCCUGUGCCACACCGUCCAGGUGAAGGAUGACGAUCAUGGGGAUGAUGUAGAUGGUCCGCGGAAAUCUCCAGACUCCAAGUCCUGUGUGUACAUCUCAUCCUCGCCUGAUGAGGUCGCACUGGUUGAAGGUGUGCAGAGGCUUGGUUUCACAUACCUGAGACUGAAAGACAAUUACAUGGAAAUCCUGAACAGGGAGAAUGACAUCGAGAGAUUCGAAUUGCUAGAAGUUCUGAGUUUUGACUCUGUGCGGAGAAGAAUGAGUGUGAUUGUAAAAUCUACUACAGGAGAAAUUUUUCUGUUUUGCAAAGGAGCAGAUUCUUCAAUAUUUCCCCGAGUGAUAGAAGGCAAAGUGGACCAGGUCCGGUCCAGAGUCGAGCGCAAUGCAGUGGAGGGCUUGCGGACCCUGUGUGUCGCCUACAAGCGGCUCGAGCCAGAGGACUAUGAAGGUGUUUGCCAAGUGCUGCAGGCUGCCAAGGUCGCUCUUCAGGAUCGGGAGAAGAAGUUAGCAGAGGCCUAUGAGCAGAUCGAGAAGGACCUGAUCCUGCUCGGUGCUACCGCGGUCGAGGACCGGCUCCAGGAGAAAGCCGCCGACACAAUUGAGGCGCUGCAGAAGGCAGGCAUCAAGGUCUGGGUGCUCACUGGAGACAAGAUGGAGACGGCCUCAGCCACGUGCUACGCCUGCAAGCUCUUCCGCAGGAGCACGCAGCUGCUGGAGCUGACCACCAAAAGGCUGGAGGAGCAAAGCCUGCAUGAUGUUCUCUUCGAACUGAGCAAGACGGUGCUGCGCUGCAGCGGGAGCCUGGCCAGAGACUCCUUCUCGGGCCUUUCGGCAGACAUGCAUGACUAUGGUUUAAUCAUCGAUGGAGCUGCGCUGUCCUUGAUAAUGAAACCCCGAGAGGAUGGGAGCUCUUCAGGCAACUACAGAGAGCUCUUCCUGGAGAUCUGCAGGAACUGCAGUGCAGUGCUCUGCUGCCGGAUGGCACCCUUGCAGAAGGCCCAGAUUGUUAAGUUAAUCAAAUUUUCAAAAGAGCACCCUAUUACCCUAGCGAUUGGUGAUGGUGCAAAUGAUGUCAGUAUGAUCCUGGAGGCGCACGUGGGCAUAGGCGUCAUCGGGAAGGAGGGUCGCCAAGCAGCAAGGAACAGCGACUAUGCAAUACCCAAGUUUAAGCACUUGAAGAAGAUGCUUCUUGUUCACGGGCAUUUUUAUUAUAUCAGGAUAUCUGAGCUUGUGCAAUACUUCUUUUAUAAGAACGUCUGCUUCAUUUUCCCUCAGUUUUUGUACCAGUUCUUCUGCGGAUUUUCACAGCAGACUUUGUACGAUACUGCGUAUCUGACUCUCUACAACAUCAGCUUCACUUCCCUCCCGAUUCUCCUGUACAGCCUCAUGGAGCAGCACGUGGGCAUUGAAGUGCUCAAGAGAGACCCGUCCCUGUACAGAGACAUCACCAAGAACGCGCUGCUCCGCUGGCGGGUGUUCAUUUACUGGACGUUUCUCGGCGUCUUUGACGCUUUGGUAUUUUUCUUCGGUGCUUAUUUCAUGUUUGAAAACACAACCGUGACCAGCAACGGACAGAUGUUUGGGAACUGGACCUUUGGGACGCUGGUGUUCACCGUGAUGGUCUUCACUGUCACACUGAAGCUUGCGCUGGACACGCAUUACUGGACCUGGAUAAACCACUUUGUCAUCUGGGGGUCGCUGCUCUUCUACGUCGUCUUCUCCCUGAUCUGGGGAGGGAUUAUCUGGCCAUUCCUCAGCUAUCAGCGGAUGUACUAUGUAUUCAUACACAUGCUGUCCAGCGGGCCUGCCUGGCUGGGCAUCACACUGCUCGUCACCGUCAGCCUCCUCCCUGACGUCCUCAAGAAGGUCUUGUGCAGGCAGCUGUGGCCCACGGCGACGGAGAGGACGCAGAACAUUCGACUUCAGGACAGCGUUUCAGAAUUCAGCCCUCUGGCCUCUUUGCAGAGCUGGGGUGCUCAGGGCACCAGACCCUUGGCUGCCCAGUGCAGCUCCCCCUCUGGGAGAGUAGUGUGCUUGAGGUGGGAGAGUGAAGAGUACGCUGUGCUCCCUCCCCACCCAGGCCUUUCCCACAACACGAGGUAUGGGUGCUGUAGGUCCAGCCUGGAAACACCCACUUGAUGGACAGAUCGCCUUCUGUCCCAGCUCUGAGAGCUACGUUCUUGGGUGCCUGUGUGUGCCUGCACCUGCCCCACCCCUCAUCCUCAAGGAGGUGGGGGUGGGAUCACAGGUCACCCACUCAGGCACAGCACAGCGCAAUCUGGACCGUGCGUGACAGGCAUCAUCAUCCUAGGCCCGUUGACCGUACCGACAGAUGGGCUAUGGAGAAGGACAUCAUGCUUGGCUUCACCUUAAGCAUUGCAGCUAUGAAGCUGGCCCUGCCAGGCCUGCCAUCCUCCCUCUGCUGUUGUCACCCUCUGCUGUCACUUGAGGAGAAGACCUCGUCCGUCCCUCUGUCUGCAGCCUUGUACAUCUCGCACAUGGGCUCGGCUCAUGUUACGUCCUGAUGUUCCUGACCACGUGUUUCCUGUGCAAACCAUCCACACUUCCCGCUAGGGAAGUGGCUGUGUCAGACACUAAGUGGUGUGCGUCUUCUGGACCUGUGGCCUUGCUGUGCUCACGUUCACUGUCCCCUCACAAGCCAUUUCCCUAGAUCCUGUCUGAGUCUGUUUGCUGAGGAGAUGCUGACCCUGCACACCGGAGCUUUGGAAGCCGUCAGCAUCCCCUUCCUACCACCGGCUGCCUGUGGAAGAUGGCGUGUAUGUGUGUAGAUAAGUCACGUGUUAACCAGGUCCUCAGGAGUGUAGCGAUGUUAGUUUACCUUACUGGAGACCAUUUGUUUCAGGGGUGCUGGUGAAGGUGGCGGUUUGGGGCACCCAGGCAGGUAUUUAUCUCACCCGUAGGUGAGUCCCACACCCAAAGCUGUCUGGGGCUGAUGUGGACUCGUCUGUUCCAGUCUGCUGCUCAGCCUGCCUCCACUGGUGCCACACAGAUCCCAUCCAGGGCUUUCCUUGGAGUGGACAGGCCAUCAGAAGGCCACUGUACUGUGAAUCCCUGCUGCUUCCCACACUGGCAUUUCUGUGUCUCGUGGAGCGUCCAACAGACCUUACAUAGAGAAGACGUUUCGGUGUGGUGCAGCCUUUCAGAGAGUGCCAGCCAGAGAUCGGGAGAAAGCCAUCCCUAUCCCCGUGGAGUCUUGUUGGUA